CGCAGCGCCGAUCAAACUUUCACAAAGUUCGCGAGAACAGCGCUCGCUCCGCCGCCGCGUGCGUGCGUGCGCGCGCCGACCCGCGCAACUUGUUGCAAACUUCGCAAGAGCAGCAGGGAGGAGGAGCGGAAGAGCGGAGCUUCGCCGGAGCGAGGAGCCCGGACUCGGACUCGGACUCGGACCCGGACCCGGACUCGGACUCGGACCCGUCCCCGACACCGGGGAGACGCGUCGCUCUGCCGCUCCGGCGUCCUCAGCGAUGGGAAGCAAGACGCUCCCGGCGCCCGUUCCGCUGCACCCCUCGCUGCAGCUCGCCAACUACUCCCUCCUGCAGGCCUCCGGCGGCUUCCAGCUGCCGACGGACCACGUGCCCAACAUCUACAGCUUCAGCGCGCUCCACGCCGUCCACCUGCACCAGUGGACCCUGGGCUACCCGCCCCUCGCGCUGCCCCGCUGCACCUUGUCCAAGCUGCCGGGCCUGGUGGACACCCGGCUCCCGCUGCCCUCCAUCCCCGUGUUCCCCCACGCGGUGCAGCCCAAGCAGGAGUGCGGCGGCCUGCGCGCCAAGAGCAAGCCCCGCUUCGACUUCGCCAACCUGGCCGUGGCGGCCACCCAGGAGGACCCGCUCAAGGCGGAAGACCUGAGCUCCCCGCCGCCCAUCGGCUCCCUGCUCGACGUCGCCAAGCUGUCGCCCGAGAGGAAGCCCAGCAGGGGUCGGCUGCCCUCCAAGACCAAGAAGGAGUUUGUGUGCAAGUUCUGCGGGAGACACUUCACCAAGUCGUACAACCUGCUGAUUCACGAGCGCACGCACACGGACGAGAGGCCGUACACCUGCGACAUCUGCCACAAGGCCUUCCGGAGGCAGGACCACCUGCGGGACCACAGGUACAUCCACUCGAAAGAAAAGCCCUUCAAAUGCCAGGAGUGCGGCAAGGGAUUUUGUCAGUCCCGGACACUGGCGGUUCACAAAACGCUGCACAUGCAGGUCAAGGAACUAAAGCCGUCCAAGAUAAAGUGACGCCCGGGAGCUGCGAGGGCGACGGACUCGAGCGCUGCGGGGACGCUGGAGCGAGCAGGAAGGGCGGGACGGGACGGGACGGGACGGGACAAGGGGACUGUGUUGCUUUCGCAGAGCCGGGGGGCUCCGGGAUCCGCGGAUCUCGCGGCGGAACCGGCGUUCGGCGGAGCCCCGCGCUCGGACCGAACGGUGACGCCGACUCGGCCGGAGGGGAACCUGGGAGCGGACGCAGCCGUGCGGACUCCCGCCGUGCGCCGCGCACGCACUCUGGGAGCGACGCGCGACUCCCUCCAAUAGCCUUUAUACUCACUACAGCGGCUCAUAUCCGUCUUCUCGUAUUCUAAAGCUCACAUUCCAGUUUUCUGUACAGAUUUCUUUUUUGUAUAAAUGUUAUUUGGCACUUUACUCUCGAUUAUUUGCAUAUAUCACUGGAUUCCUUAAACUUAUUUUUAAAUAAAUAGUCCUUUUCUAAACAAAACCGCGUUGUUGUCAA